CUACAUAGAGUCUUGACCACACACGCCUGGCCACGGGGCUGCCCGCCUAAAAGGCGCGCCCCGCAGGGCCUAGAAGCAGCUGUCGACUUCGGCUGGCCGAGGAUGGAGUGACCUGUGCGGCCCUGGCCACUCAGACCCAGCUCGACGCUCUUGGCCCGCUAGCGCAGCGGAGCGGAGCCCUGCACCGCCGCUCCAGGAAAGGGCACGCAGCGCGGGAAGCCGCCAUGGACCGCGACGGCCCGGCGGGCAGCUCCCGGAUCGCUAGCAACGAGACCGCGCCCCCGGUGGCCGCCACCCACGACUCGAGUCCGGGCAGGGCAGGGCCAGGACCCGCGGGCCUGGGAGGCAGCGCCCGCCCGGGGGGCGGGAGGCCGGCUGCGGCGAACGCCGCGCGGGAGCGAAGCCGCGUGCAGACCCUGCGGCACGCCUUCCUGGAGCUGCAGCGCACGCUGCCGUCGGUGCCGCCGGACACCAAGCUGUCCAAGCUGGACGUGCUGCUGCUGGCCACUACCUACAUUGCUCAUCUCACCCGAAGCCUGCAGGACGACGCCGAGGCGCCGGCGGAUGCUGGGCUAGGCGCCCUGCGCGGCGACGGCUACCUGCACCCUGUCAAGAAAUGGCCCAUGCGAUCAAGAUUAUACAUUGGUGCUACUGGUCAGUUUCUGAAGCAUUCUGGAUCUGGAGAAAAAGCAAAUCGUGGCAGUACUACAACAGACUCACAGCCUUAGGCUUUUCCCUGAUGGAUGCUGAUAGAAAGUGGCAUCCAUUGUUUUUAAAUAAUAGGAAAUCAUUCUGUAUUUAUUACAUCAGACAUAACAAACAUCAUGCCUGAAAGUUUACAUGUGAAUCCAUAGUGGGAAGUUCCGGUUUAUCUGUCUAAUCUAAAUAAAUGUGGAAGGAAAUCAUCAAUCUUGCAUAAAACACAGCU